AUGCAUCCCCUACUUCUUCUUCUCCUAUUCUCCAUUCUAUUCCCAAAUGGAUCAGCGGAUUCCACAUGUUGUGCAUACCAGCAACUGAACAACUCCAAUAUCAAAAACUACAUAAAUCCGUCCAAUCCUUUCUACAAAACACUAACUUCCACCCAACUACGGACUCCAGAAGUGAACUUCACUAGUGACUGUCAUAUCACCAUGUACUGUGAGAAUGGAAGCAGUGUUCUCACUUUUGAUGAUACUGGUUUGGGGAAAAUGUACAAUUCUCCCAUUGCUACCGGUGAAUGUGACCCAACUACUCGUGAAGUGACUAUGCUUAUCCAAGACCCAUCUGAGAAUGAGUUCACGUAUACUCAACUUUUGGGGACUUGUCUUGUAAAAGAGAAAUGUGAAUGCACUGCUAUUGCUCUGGAUAGUUUGAACAUUGGUGGUUUCAUUGACUCUACUAGUCCAUUCUACUCUCAAAUGACGUCUUCUGAUUCAAAACUUCCAUUUAUCUCAGUUUCUGGAUGCACAACCUCAAUGACUUGUGCAUCUGGAUAUAGUUUGCUUCUAUUUGACGACACUGGUUUAGGGAAAGUGUUUGAAACCCUCUCUGCCAGUGGACAAUGUAUUGCAAAAACUAAUAAAUGGAAGGUUGACACUGGUUCUCGGGUACGAUUGACAACUUUCAAUCAGAUGUAUGGAAUCUGUGUAGUUAAUGAUUCUGGAAACCCUCCAGCUGUCUUAACAUCUACAACCAUACCAACUACUACUACAGUCAAUGCUGAAUGUACUCCUUCAUCAUCAAAAACUGUGGUAUACGCAUAUUCUAACGAUAUGGAUGCGGAAGAGUUUUCGGAUUAUUGGAGCUACGAGCAUUCGUGGCAAAAUCCAAAGAAUCUCGACCGGUCAUGGAUAAAGUUUGCAAAUAUUAGAUUUGACACUGUCAACGAAGAUAGUAUACAGUAUCAUAACACUUGGGAUGAACUGGACCUAUCUAUUAGGGCUCGUCUCCCCGAUCCAUCGUUAGGUUUCAAUACAUCCGCAACCGGAAGUGAUGUUCUGAAAACUAUUGAGAAAUUUGUCGACAAUACGGAAGCGCCUUUGUGUGGAGCACGAAUGUUCAUUUUCGUGGAACGGUAUCCCAAUGAAGUGAAUAUCGAUCGCUUAGUUGCAAAACUCCGUGCACAUCACAUUUUGCUUUUCAUUUAUGUAACGGACACUCCGACAGGAGGUCUUCAUUCGGAAACUUUGUAUGAUCUUUCUAGCAGAACAAACGGAAUGUGUAUGUUUUAUAAAGAUGCCCGAUCAUUAGAAUCGAAUGCCGCUAUAAGAGGUCAAAAGCUACACUAUGCGACCAAUCCGAAAGUUUCCGGCCGUGGAUCAGUUCAACUUCCGGUUCCGCAGGUACCAAGUUUGGCUGGAUUUUCAUUUCAUUUAGUAGUUGAAGAUGGACCGCUGAAAUUUUUCGAAGGUGUGAAUCUUUCUUGGAUUUAUUCUACCUGGCCGGAACCGAUGGUGCAAGCAGUUGAUCUAAAGUAUACCUUUAACUAUGGAAUAAUAGACCUGUGGCAGGUUGAUUCACUGAGUAAUUUGUCAAUGCAGUAUAGCUAUUCGGAUGAGAAAGUCCGUACUGUUCAAGUUAGGUUGUACAACUAUGAUCCGCUGUUAUCUUGGCCGGCUUAUGAAGACUAA